AAGCUCACGGAGCCACUGACUGAACUGUCAAAACGGGACGGAGAUUCCCCUCAGCCAGAGCUCCUGUUACCACACUGCUGUGAGCGCGCACACACAUCCGGGGACUCCACUCCACUGUCACCGCAACCGCCAGCGCUCUGCUGUACCGCACAUCCGGGGACUCCUGCCACCCCUCAGCGCCCGGCUAUACCGCUCCCUCGCCAGUCUCAUGUGCUCCAAGAUGGAGCAGCCCUUCUACCACGACGACUCGCUGCUGUCCGCCUACUCCCGCCCGGACUCGGGACUCCUGAAGGCCAGCCUGGGACCCCUGAGCGAGCCCUACCGGGGCCACAAGCACGACCUGUCCUCCUACUACCAGGAGCAGCCCAGCCUGAAGAUGUCAGCCCCGGAGCUGGAGCGGCUGAUCAUCCACAGCGGGCCCGGGGUCAUCAACACCCCGAACGGGGGCCAGCUGUACUUCCGAGGAGGCGGCGGCGGCAUCACGGAGGAGCAGGAGGGCUUCGUGGACGGCUUUGUCCGGGCCCUGGAUGACCUGCACAAGAUGAACCGGGAGGGGCCCCCCAACGUGUCCCUGGGCGGAGGAGGAGCCGCGUCCCCGGUGAGCGGCGGCGGUGCUGCCAUGUACGGGGACCCCGCCGUCUACACCAACCUGGCCGCCUCCGGCUACGGCUGCUACCGCCAGCCCUCCGCCACCAUCAGCUACCUGCCGCCGGGCUACGGGGCGCCCCCCUUCAAGGAGGAGCCGCAGACGGUGCCGGACGGCGGCAGCCGGGACAGCACCCCGGCCCCGCUCUCCCCCAUCAACAUGGAGGAGCAGGAGAAGAUCAAGGUGGAGCGCAAGCGGCUGCGCAACCGGCUGGCCGCCACCAAGUGCCGCAAACGCAAGCUGGAGCGCAUCGCCCGCCUGGAGGAUAAGGUGCGGGAGCUGAAGAGCGAGAACAGCGGCCUGAGCGGCACCGCCGGCGCCCUGCGGGAACAGGUGGAGCAGCUGAAGGGCCGGGUGCGGGAACACGCCAGGCACGGCUGCCAGCUGCUGCUGGGGGGCAAGGGACACCCGGUCUUCUAAGGGGACAGGCUGUCCCGGUUGUCUACUAGCGCCCCCCUCCUGUGACCCACCCCUAUCCUCCAGACUGACCGCCAAGCCCUCUGGGGGUGGAAGAGGGGGGCAAGACCUCAGCCCAUUGAGGUUGUCAAGAACUGAACCCAUUGAGGGGGGCAAGAACUGAGCCCAUUGAUGGUUGAGGGGGGCCAAGAACUGAACCUAUUGAGGGGGGCCAAGAACUGAGCCCAUUGAUGGUUGAGGGGGGCCAAGAACUGAACCCUUUGAAGGUGCAAGAACUGAGCCCAUUGAUAGUUGAGGGGGACAAGAGCUGAGCCCAUUGAUGGGUCCAUCCUUUGAGCCCAAUGAAAGAGAAGGGGGCAAAUGAACUGAAAGAACUAUGUGAAGAGGGGCCCUUUCUCCUGCUCCAAGCUGGAGUGGGUGGGCCCCAGAUGCUGUCUACCAGCAGUCGCCAACCAUGACGUUGCUGCUCCGUUUAAACUCUGGAAGAGUAGAAGGACUGUGACACAAGAAACAUGACCUUUUCAAAGCAGCCUCAAGUAACCUGUGGCCCAUCUGCUGUUGUGGAACUACAGGCCCCAGCAGGUCUUGCCACCUUCUGGCAUUUGGGGCUUUGGCAUCUGGUGAGCCACAGGUUGCAUAAGUCUGUCUUUUAACCCUGCUGCUGCCACACCGGCACCCUCUCAGGCCCAAACUGCAGUAGCGGUGGUCAAUUCUAGUGUAUGUUGAGUAGUCCCAUCCUCAGCACUUAACUAAAAAAAAAAAAAAAAAUGUCUUCCCAAUUUUUUAUGUUGUAUAGAUAUGUGAAAUGAGGAAGAGAAUGUGUGUGCCAUGUGACUGUAACUUGUGAGAGGGAUGGGAAGGGCGGCCCAGAGGGCACUGCAUGGUAAAGGGACCAGCCGUACAUUCCAUAUAGUGAUCAGGAGUAUCUAGACACUGGUCAGAAAAUCAUGCACUGUAUCUGGGAUAGCAUUGAUGUAGUUGAAUGAAACUACAGCAAAUAUAUGAAAAUGCAACUUUUUUUUUUUUUUUCUUCCAGUGAAAAAGUUUACAGAAAUGUACCUAUAUAUAAAAUCUUUUUCAAUCCACUUUGCUGCUUGUUGAUACUACAGAAUAUUGCGGGACAGUACUCUGAACAAGAUAUGGCAUGGUGUAGGGAGGGGGGGGGGGGGUUAUGAGUGGGUGGUAAAAAAAUUUUUUUAAAUAUCUGCUGGUCUCAGAAGAAAAAAAAAAUCCCCACGAUGAAUAUUUAAAUACAUGCACAGUUUAUUUAAGAACAAUGCACAUAAAGGUACUUUUCAGAAAACUGGGAAUUUUUACAGUGAUUCUUGGAAGCGAUUAAUAAUUUGUACGCUGAGAAAUGCAAAGUAUGAAAUGUAUUUUUUUGUUUUUUUAUACUGCUAAUGAUGACGUGCUGUAAAUGUUUUAUAUUGUCUUUGUUCCUGUAUUUAAGUAAAUGAUAUUGUUUUACAAA